UUCUUCUUUUUUUUGGUAGGGAGGGGCUUAUUUUAGUUGCCUUAGUAAAGACUUAGCGCUAUGUUCAGAACUACUGACGUUAUACAUUAAUUAAAAUGUAACCGUUGUUAUACAUUUAAAAAGGAUUAGCAAAGUGUAUUAUAUUCAAGACAACACAGCAAGGGAAGGAACAUUAUAGCGUAACAAACCCUUCAGCCUCAGGACCAAAACCAUCUGUGAGAAAAAUACAACCAUUGUAUAACUGCUCCACUGUUGUUUAUAUCUCCUUGUUCUAACCAGUAAAUAAUUCAUUAAGACAUAAACAAACUGACACAUGCAACAAUGUCCAUGGCCCUGAAGCAAGUCUUCAACAAGGAGAGGACAUUCCGGCCAAAGCGUAAGUUUGAGCCCGGGACACAGCGCUUUGAGCUGCACAAGAAGGCCCAGGCGUCUCUGAAUGCAGGCCUGGACCUGAAGCAGGCGGUGGCGUUGCCCCAUGGAGAGGACCUUAAUGACUGGGUUGCUGUUCACGUGGUGGACUUCUUCAACCGCAUCAACCUCAUCUACGGCACCAUCAGCGACUCCUGCACCGACCAGACCUGCCCCGUCAUGUCCGGAGGGCCCAAGUACGAGUACCGCUGGCAGGACGAGCACAAGUACAAGAAGCCCACAGCCGUGCCAGCCCCAAAAUACAUGAGCCUGCUGAUGGACUGGAUCGAGGUACAGAUCAACAACGAGCACAUCUUCCCCACCAACGUUGGUACUCCCUUCCCAAAGACCUUCAUGCAGGUAGCUAAGAAGAUUUUGUCUCGCCUGUUCCGUGUGUUUGUCCACGUCUACAUCCAUCACUUUGAUCGUGUGAACCAGAUGGGUGCAGAGGCCCACGUCAACACCUGUUACAAGCACUUCUAUUACUUUGUAACAGAGUUUAACCUCACAGACCACAAGGAGCUCGAGCCACUGAAAGAGAUGACAUCACAGAUGUGCCACUAAGGGAGCACCAUUGACCACUUGAUAAAUUCCAGCUUGAAGACUAGUUCCGUCCCAUAUAGAAGACUGAAACAGGAAACCAAAUCUAAAAUAGUCUUUAUUUUUAUAAACAAGUAAUGUUAUCUUUUUUAACCAUGUAGGUUUGUCUAACCAGGAACCUUGUAAGGCAUUCUCUUCAUUUAAAUGUUUAGAAAAUGAGCACAGUAUUAAGAGAUUUUACUUUAAAAAAAGAAAGUUGAAUCAGUCCUGUAAUUUAGUUCUUGUUCUCUUAUCUAAAAUGAAUAUAUGUUUUUGUACAUAUCUAAGAUUGUAGUAUGUGGAGACAUUAAAUGUACUCCGUGUUCCUGCUCUAAA